AUGCGAUAUAAAUGGCAGUACCUACAGCUUAUAAUCCCAUCCCACACCAAUUCUUCCCUCAUAAUGAGCGAUUCUCUUAGUGCCCUCAUAUCACUUCAAGACCAAUACCCUCAGAACGAACUUAUUCAACUCAUCAAAGAAUGUAUCUCAUCAUCGAAAAACAAAUUUAAUUUCAUGUGGGUCCCAUCACACGUAUGUAUCCCUGGGAGCGAGAAAUCGGACUUAAUGGCGGAAGAAGCGGUCACUUCUGGAUCUACCCCCUCCAUAACCAAAACCAUCGCCAAAGCCCAAAAACGUAUACUCACAUGA